AUUUUCUCCCUAUCUUCAUUGCUUUUUACUCUAAUCUAUACUGUUUCAAGUGAUUAUCUGCUUAAUUCGAUCUGUUCUAGAUCUCGCCGUAAAUUUCCAUCGAUUAAUCGGUGAAUGUUUUUUUGAAAUACUCAAAGCUGAAUCUAACUUCGGUAUUCGAUUUCGUUUCGCGAUGUAUGAUGUAUAAUAAUCAACGCAGUCGUAAUAAAAAAGGUUAAGCAACGAAAUGGGGCUCUCGCCAUACUCAAACCCAUCGGAUGCAGGAGUGUUGUGCGUAAUUCUGGUUAACACAGCUAUGUCGAUAUCAAUCAUGAAGGAAAUAGUUUGUUCGAUUCUUCAUGUGGUGGGGUUACGUGUAGCGUCAUCGCCAUCAUCAUCCAAUCAAGGCUCGCCGGAAGCUUCUGAGCGCCGGGGAAGUCCGUCGGAGACGUACAUGGAGGAGUUCAGAAGCCGGACGCCGUCGCUCCGUUACAUCUCCCUCCGUCGUCCCACCAAACAAGAAUGCUCCGUUUGCUUAACGGAGUUUAAACCAGAUUCAGAGAUAAAUAAGCUUUCGUGUGGGCAUGUUUUUCAUAAAUCCUGCCUUGAAAAAUGGCUAAAAUGCUGGAACAUUACUUGCCCUCUCUGUAGAAACCACAUGAUGAUUUCUAAAGAAAUGGAAGAAAACAACACUUGCCCGAUGUGAAGAAUUGAAAUCAAAACUUACACUUUUUGUAGAUAUCAUCAAUUGUGUAAGGUUUCCGGUGGUUUAUUCAUCUGAGAAACUGAUAAACUUUGGUUAUUUUUUUCUCGUUUAUCGAGUUUUCUUUGACGAAACAGAUAUAUUCUGUUUCUUUCAUCAUUUAUGCCACAAUAUUGAAUGAUCAUCCCAUAUCUUAAUUCA